AUCUACCUAACACCUCCAUCUUCUACAGUACUAUGUAUCAAGUCUACGUUGCCAACAUACCAGCCAGCGAACACCCUACAAUCCGUAUAGACGCCACCGCCAUGCACCCCCGCAUCCGCCUGAAAGACUCCUGGCUCCAAAUCCUAUAUACCCUCACCGACGUCCACGACCGCGGCUCCACAGCAGCCGACCAGUUCGAGUUCCUGCACGCCCAGUCAAAUGUCCCCCCCAUCUCAAUCCGCAAUCUCCCUUUCGAGGAUCUGUGGAAAGCCUUCUUCGACUUCAAAGCCUCCAUCAACGAGCUCACCACCGGCCCUCACCUCGACGACCCAACCGCCUACAACCGCCCCACCACCCUACACGACGACAUAAACGCCCUCCACACGCAAGUCCGCGCCCUCCUCGCCCUCAGCCCCCCCAACCUCAUCGCCCACGACUACAACACCCUCGAAAGCCUGCACACCCUCGGCCUGCGCGUGCACGCCCAGAUCAACGCCGGCUUCACGCGCCUCCUCGCCGCCCGCCUCGACUUCGACGACGCGCACGCGGCCGCCGAACCUCCUAUCGACAUCACCUCCUUCACGAAGCCAUACACUGGCCCGCCGGUGCUCUGCACCAUCUGUCAAGAACCCGCUUGCAGCAGUUCCGGGGCUCUAGAGGCACUCCAGCUCCCAUGCCCGGCGGCCCAUGUCUUCCACACCCCUUGUCUCGCCUCCCUUGCUAAUAGUGCCAGCGCGUGCAACAAUCGCUGCCCGAACUGCCGACAUGUGCUGCCCUUCCCGUCUAGCAGGCGGAGACCGGAUCGAAGGGUGCCGCGGUUCAGCGAGGUGGGUGCGCGCUCGGCGGUGCAUACGGUGUGGCAGGGUGUGCGGGAGUUUAUGGAGAUGAAGAGGGUGUCUGCAUUGGUUUUUGGGGAGCCAGCGGGGGUGGAGUGGUUGAGGGAGAGGGGAUGGGCGGGGUGGGAGACUGUGAGGGUUAAAAAGGCUAGGGAGAGGGGGAAUAGGCUGGUGCGGGGAAGGGAAGGCGGGAGCUGGAGGGGGAGGAGGUUUGUAGAGGGUGUUUUCGUGGGGGGUUAUGAGGAUGAUGGUCGUAUCGAACGCAUGGAUUCCGUUGUAGGUGACGAGGAGUUUUUGGAGGCUCCGAGAAGCGCGAGACGAGUUAUUGGAUAUGUAGAGGGUCCGGGAGGCUUGGUACCAGUUACAAGCAUUGUGCCUAUUAGACCUGUGGAGGCUGUGGAUGGUAUGGAGGUUGAAAGGGCUUCGCCGAAUAUGGUGGAGGACAAUAGACUAGCUGGGGUAGAUAGGGUAGCUGUGACAGAUAUGCUAGCUGAUGUAGAGGCUAUGCAAAAUGUGUUGCAUGGGGACAAUGAGGACGGUAUGGAAGAUAGAAUGGAUAUGGGGGUUGUGGAGGACGUCUUGGAGAACGCAGUGGAGACCGUCGUGGAGAAUGUCGCGGAGGAUGCGGAAGAUAUUACGGAUAAAAAAGUCAUUGGAAAUGUGGAAGAGUUAGAAGAGAUGGAAGAGCCGGAAGGGGUGACAGAUGUCACUACACCUGCUCGCAGAGUAAUAAAAAGCUUCAAGAGGGAGUAUGCGCUUGGGGUCUUAUUCUUGCUUAUUGCGGGUUUGACUCUUGCGGAGGGUUAUGUACACAGUUUGUGCCUGUGAAUUAGAAUGAAAUCAGCUAUUUGUAUCC